AAGUUUCCGCGGCGGCAGCGGCGGCUGCGGGACUCCGAGCAGAAGCCGGGGAAGCGGGCCGUGCGCGGCUCGGGCUCGACGGAGGGCACCGGCGAGGAGGACGAGGAGGUCUCCGGCCGCAGCCGAGCGGCGCCGAGAAAGUAUGGCUGAGGAGGAGGCGCCUAAGAAGUCCCGGGCCGCCACGGGCGGCGCGAGCUGGGAACUUUGUGCCGGGGCGCCCCCGGCUCGGCCGGCAGAGGAGGGGAGCGGGGACGCGCGCAGCCACCGCCGCCCCCCGGCUGAUCCCGGGCACUGGGCGCGCCAGCUGCUGCUCCUGCUCUGGCUGCUGGAGGCCCCGCUACUGCUGGGGGUCCGCGCGCAGGCGGCGGGCCAAGGGCCCGGGCCGGGGCAGCCACCCCCGCCGCCGCCGCCGCCCCAGCAGCAGCAGGGCGCGCAGCAGUACAACGGUGAGCGGGGCAUCUCCAUCCCGGACCACGGGUACUGCCAGCCCAUUUCCAUCCCGCUGUGCACGGACAUCGCGUACAACCAGACCAUCAUGCCCAACCUGCUGGGCCACACGAACCAGGAGGACGCGGGCCUCGAAGUGCACCAGUUCUACCCGCUGGUGAAGGUGCAGUGCUCCGCCGAGCUCAAAUUCUUCCUGUGCUCUAUGUACGCGCCUGUGUGCACAGUGCUGGAGCAGGCGCUGCCGCCCUGCCGCUCCCUGUGCGAGCGUGCGCGCCAGGGCUGCGAGGCGCUCAUGAACAAGUUCGGCUUCCAGUGGCCCGACACGCUCAAGUGCGAGAAGUUCCCCGUGCACGGCGCCGGGGAGCUGUGCGUGGGCCAGAACACGUCCGACAAAGGCACCCCGACCCCCUCGCUGCUGCCGGAGUUCUGGACUAGCAACCCCCAGCACGGCGGGGGACACCGCGGCGGCUUCGCGGGGGGCGCCGGCCCGGCUGACCGCGGCAAAUUCUCGUGCCCGCGCGCCCUUAAGGUACCUUCCUACCUCAACUACCACUUCCUGGGGGAGAAGGACUGCGGCGCGCCCUGCGAGCCCACCAAGGUGUACGGGCUCAUGUACUUCGGGCCGGAGGAGCUGCGUUUCUCGCGCACCUGGAUCGGCAUCUGGUCGGUGCUGUGCUGCGCGUCCACGCUCUUCACGGUGCUCACCUACCUGGUGGACAUGCGGCGCUUCAGUUACCCGGAGCGGCCCAUCAUCUUUUUGUCCGGCUGCUAUACGGCGGUGGCCGUGGCCUACAUCGCUGGCUUUCUGCUGGAGGACCGGGUGGUGUGUAACGACAAGUUCUCCGAGGACGGGGCGCGCACCGUGGCACAGGGCACCAAGAAGGAGGGCUGCACCAUCCUCUUCAUGAUGCUUUACUUCUUCAGCAUGGCCAGCUCCAUCUGGUGGGUGAUCCUGUCCCUCACCUGGUUCCUGGCGGCCGGCAUGAAAUGGGGCCAUGAGGCCAUCGAGGCCAAUUCGCAGUAUUUUCACUUGGCCGCCUGGGCCGUGCCUGCCAUCAAGACCAUCACCAUCCUUGCACUGGGCCAGGUGGACGGCGACGUGCUGAGCGGAGUGUGCUUUGUGGGGCUCAAUAACGUGGACGCGCUGCGGGGCUUCGUACUGGCUCCCCUCUUCGUGUACCUGUUCAUCGGCACGUCCUUCCUGCUGGCCGGCUUCGUGUCCCUCUUCCGUAUCCGCACUAUCAUGAAACACGACGGCACGAAGACCGAGAAGCUGGAGAAGCUCAUGGUGCGUAUUGGUGUGUUCAGCGUGCUCUACACGGUGCCGGCCACCAUUGUCAUUGCCUGUUACUUCUAUGAGCAGGCCUUCCGGGACCAGUGGGAGCGCAGCUGGGUGGCCCAGAGCUGCAAGAGUUAUGCUAUCCCUUGCCCUCACCUCCAGGGAGGUGGGGGCGCCCCACCGCACCCACCCAUGAGCCCCGACUUCACGGUCUUUAUGAUCAAAUACCUGAUGACGCUGAUUGUGGGCAUCACGUCGGGCUUCUGGAUCUGGUCCGGCAAGACCCUCAACUCCUGGAGGAAGUUCUACACGAGACUCACCAACAGCAAGCAGGGAGAGACCACCGUCUGAGGCCCCGCCUGGGUCCACUCCAGGUCCCGACCCCCCUCCUCCCAGAAGCCGGCCCCACUGGGAGCCCACCUGUGCCUGACAGCCCUAGGCUUCCUCUCUAGACCCUCACUUUCGCAGGCCCCUUCUACCCGCGCAGCCCUGAGCUUCCGCCCUUCCCGGGGCAAAGGACCGGAGGGUUCCACUGCAGGAGGGGUGUGGACCGGACCGCUGCUCUUGCCCACAUUCUGGUAUCAGGACUGUACGCUUUUAUGAUUGUAAAUAGCCUGUGUAAGAUUUUUGUAAGUAUAUUUGUAUUUAAAGACUACCGAUCACGCGUUUUCUUUGUUUUUAAGAUUUUAAUUAUUUAGGGUGAUUUAAUCAUUUGAGACUUUUCUCUCCUGCCCUUUUCGGAGGACUACAGAGAAGAUAAAACCGCGGCACCACAUAGUGCUCUUGCGCUUCCUUGUGCGCCCUGCCCUACGGGGAUGCAAGGCCCACAGCCCACAGUGUGGGGAGGGGUGUGCACGGCUUUGCUGGGGUCACUUCCCACCUCCUCCAUGUGCUCUGCCCCUCCUUUUUUCCUGGGAUGGGGGCUCUUAAGGUACACAACUCCAUAUUCUGAAUCCUGAGAUGGGCCUUCACCCAUUCCAGCGCCUUUCUUGUUUAGGGGUGGGGGACUGUCCUUUUGACUUCCCGAAGCUGAAUUUUAAAGCCCUUCCCCUGCCUUCAGAGGGGCCCGGGUGUGCAUUCCCACCCCAGCCCCCGACUCCUCCAAGGCCCAUUCCCUCCCUAUUUCCACCUAAAUUGGCUAGAGGCUGAGUGGGCCAACCCAUGCCAAACUUUUUUAAGUCUAAUUUUUGAUGGAUGAGCUCAUUUCAUUCUCUAGUGUCUAAAACCUGGUAUGGGUUUGGCCAGCGUCAUGGAAAGAUAUGGUUACUGAAUGGGGAAGCGGCCUGAAGCGUUGUGUGGGAUGGGAGAGACUGAAGAGGGGUUAUAAAAUGUUAAUUCUAAUUGCAUACUGAUGCCUGGCAACCUGCCUUGAAGAGUGAGACAGCUCAAGUUGAGAUUUCACCCUUCUGGAAACUGGAAACUAAAGGUCACCUGGAAAGCUUUGUGUGUGAAGGAAUUAAUCUUUGCUUUCCUUAGCAGGACAGCAGAACAUAAAAAAGACAGGAAAACUUGAAGGAGAUUUCAGUGUGAUGGGCAUCCUCAAAAAGAAGUGCUGUUGUCCUGUUUUUAAUCAGAUGAUAAUUAGACGUAUCAGAAACUGUAAAAUGUAAAAGUUGUACACUUUCAACUUAUGAUUAUUAUUCAGCAACACAUCUUGAGGGAGGAACAACAGUCCCCACCACUGACGAUAACCUGAUAGAAUUUCAGGAGGCUGAGGAGGUAGGAUAAUCAAUGGAGGUUAGUUCCUAAGAGAAGCAAGCAGAACGUGGGCCUGCAUGCUAACGGGAAACUGUGCAGUCUGCUACCCGAAAUCCUGUGUGUUUCUUUUUUGGAUUUACAAAAACCUGUCAAAUGUAAAUCUUGGAAGCCAUUUAAAAAUAUUCACUUUAGUUCUCAGAAAAAGAGAAGAACAAUCCUCUUGAUUGUAUUGUUUUAAACUUUAAGAGUUUAUCAAAAUGUCAGUACUUAAGAUCUAAAUUUAUCUAUAUCUGUCAUGCCCUAAAAUAGCAUUGGUCUUUGAAUUUGGUAUGCAUUUAUUCUGUUCACUAUCACAAGAUCAUCUAUAUUUAUAGAGGAAUAGAAGUUUAUAUAUAUAAAAUGCCUUAUUUUUAAUUUCGCAAAUAAAUCAAAGUUUUGUACAAAAUUAUAUGGUUUUUGUGUCUGAAAAUAAUAGAACUUGAACUGUCUUUGCAUUUUAUAGUGGCUCAUAGCCGUUCCUACCAUAUGAAAAUUUAGAAAUUCAAUGAAAGAUUCUAUCCUAAGAUGUUCGGUCCAGGCUUCUGAAGAAUAACACUAUUUGCGAUGGACAUUUGUGGAGUGCCAAAAAGAAAGAUCUGUUUUUGUAACAGUAGAAAACAGAAACCUACAAAUUAUUUCUUUAUUCAAAGAAGGUUAUUAAAGGAUAACUAAUUUUAAUAUUAAAGCUUUUUCUUUCAAGGAGUAAA